AGCAAAAGCUGCGUUGCUUACGGACCGUAAACCCCAAGGCAGGAAGUGACUGCGAUCGCUGCCUCCGCUUGUCCGCUCAAUGCAUCUACUCUCCACCGAGCCGCAUGGGAAGACCGUCUAGGUUUGACACAGGUCCCCGUGCCCAGAAGGCCCGCAACCGACGCCGCUCUGGACAAAAGCAAGACACAAGAACGGAGAAACAGGAGCUUUUGAUUCCUACUCCGGUAGGACUUGCGGACAUUCCCAUUCCCGAUUUUCUGCCAGAUUUCCCGCUGGCCACGGACCUCGAGACGCCUUUUACUGGAGACAUUGAUCUCACGGCCCAUAUCUUUGAGCCCGAUUUAUUCACGAAACUAGAGUCCGGCUACCAAACACCCGAGUUUACGCAGGAAGACUGGGAAUCCGAUUACGCAUCGCCGAAUACUGGAACGAGUGCUGGAACGACCGCCGGAGAGGAUUCAGGAAUCAGUGACGCCCGCGAUGGACAGAUGCUGCAGCUUUUCAACCUAGCACACUCGCAAUACGAGCUGCUUCGAAAACUGGAGCGGAUGCGCAAGCACAUAAGCGAAGAACAGCAGAUAAUUUUCUCGCGGCUGCACGAAUACCCCGUUCGAGAAAUGCUGGGGAAUGCACAAAGGCUGAUCGAGCUCGUCGACGCAUUCUCUUCGCCCUCUUCGAGCGUCAGGGACGACGACUUGGUGUCAUGGAGUGACUUCACGACUCUCAACGACGACUUUAGCAUCGCAGACACAAUGACCGUGUCGGCAUCCGGUUCCAGCCCGGACAGCGCGAUAUCGGCAGCUUUCUCGGAUGCUCCACCGCCAUCAAUCGCGAGCGACUGGACGCCAAACGCAGACAUCAAGGGCUACUCUUUCCCGGAGGCAGAAAAAGCGUGCAUGGAUACGCCCACAGCCCUCCUGGUACUCUCCUGCUACUUGCGCAUCGCCCGCACUUUCCACCUCUUCUUCACGGACCUCCGCACAUUUCUCCUACCCGGACCGGCGCCCACGGGCAACUUCCGGCUGUUUCCAAACCUCAAACUGGGGUCAUUCCAGCCCUUUGCUGGAGUGGUGCUCGAGGUCUCGCUUGUAGUCCAAGUCAUAGAACACGUGCUGGAGCGUUUGCACAAAGCAUUGAACCUGCCCACUGCCAGCGACAUGGACGCGAGCGAGAGCGGCUUAAACUGCCAAACGCAGAUGCCAUGGGACGCGACGAAGUCGAUUACGCCAGCGCUUUUUCGGGCCGUGCAGGUACAGGAGCGAUGGGAUACGGGGAAGGAGGAAGGCGAUACCUUUACACAGCUCUCUGCGACUAUCAACAGUGUCAAGCAGUUAUUACGGUCCAGUCAACUAUGACAAUGAACCACACACGAGACUAUUUCGCAGGAACCAAAAUUCAACAGUACAUUCUGCGAGCAGAGAGAGCGGUCCAGAGAUAGCUUACCGUAGCA